UCCCAAACUCAUUGCUGCUUAGAUUCUAACCCGGGUUUCGCAUCAUUAGUUUCAGGCAGCCAAUUGGGCCGUUUGGGUGCCGUGCACCCUGGGAGCUGUAGUUUCAAGCUCGCUCCUCCCGACCACUAGCUCCACCGAGCAGUCGGAGGACGGUUGCCUGGUAUUAACAGCAAGCGGAAAGUAUGGCGGCGGCGCCAGCCGCCGCGGCUUUGCCUCCUGGAGAAGGAUCAGUGGUCAAUUGGUCAGGGCAAGGGCUACAGAAAUUAAGCCCAAACUUACCCUGUGAAGCUGAUAUUCAUACUUUGAUUCUGGAUAAAAAUCAGAUUAUUAAAUUGGAAAAUCUUGAGAAAUGCAAGCGAUUAGUACAGUUGUCAGUGGCUAAUAAUAGGCUGGUGCGGAUGAUGGGUGUAGCCAAACUGACCCAACUCAGGGUGUUAAAUUUGCCUCAUAAUAGCAUUGGCUAUGUGGAAGGCCUAAAGGAACUAGUUCAUUUGGAAUGGCUGAAUUUGGCAGGAAAUAAUCUCAAGGCCAUGGAACAAAUCAACACCUGCACCUCUCUACAACAUCUCGAUUUAUCAGACAAUAACAUACCCCAGAUAGGUGAUGUAUCUAAAUUGGUAUCACUGAAGACCCUGCUUUUACAUGGAAAUAUCAUCACCUCUCUUAGAAUGGCACCUGCUUAUCUACCCAGAUGUCUUGCUAUACUUUCUUUGGCGGAAAAUGAAAUCCGGGACUUAAAUGAGGUCUCUUUUCUGGCAUCUUUAACUGAACUGGAACAGUUGUCAAUCAUGAACAAUCCAUGUGUGAUGGCAACACCUUCCAUCCCAGGGUUUGACUAUCGGCCAUACAUCGUCAGCUGGUGCCUAAGCCUCCGAGUCCUAGAUGGAUAUGUGAUUUCUCAGAAGGAAAGUUUAAAAGCUGAAUGGCUGUAUAGUCAAGGCAAGGGGAGAGCGUAUCGGCCUGGCCAGCACAUCCAGCUUGUCCAGUAUCUGGCUACAGUCUGUCCUCUCACUUCUACGCUGGGCCUUCAGACUGCAGAGGAUGCCAAGCUAGAGAAGAUUCUGAGCAAGCAGAGAUUUCACCAGAGGCAGUUAAUGAACCAGAGCCACAAUGAAGAGUCGUCUCCUGUUGAAUCAAGGGCAUCCCUUGUGCCAGAGCAUUCCAGCCCCAUUCAAGAUGGCCAGGUAGUCCCAGAAAGCGAACCCGUCAUCCAAGUCAAUUCUUGGGUUGGGAUAAGCAGUCAUGAUGACCAAUCACAUGCUGUUAAGAAUAACUUUCCAACCCCUGUACACACUGCAAGAUAUUCUCGAAAUGACCUGCAUCUGGAAGACAUCCAGACCGAUGAGGACAAGUUAAAUUGCAGUCUCCUCUCUUCAGAGUCUACUUUUAUGCCAGUUGCAUCAGGACUGUCUCCAGUAUCACCUACAGUGGAGCUGAGGCUGCAAGGCAUUAACUUAAGCCUAGAAGAUGAUGCUGCUGCAGAUGAAUCUGUGAAAGGGCCUGAAAACCAGGGCUUAUCAAACAAGGAAGAGGAAAAGGCUUUGGGGGCUGCAAAUGAGAAUUCUGUUCAGAUGACAAAAAGUGCAGUUGGUACAGGGGUAAAUGAGAAAGAUGGACUGUUACCUUGUCCUGAGCCAACAAUCACCAGUGCUGGCUUGAAGGAUCACACCCACAGUCUUACGUCUUUUCCUGAGUCAGUUGGAUGCAAUGUCUUCCAUACGCAGCCAUACAGUGAAGAAGCCAGGUCUCAAACAGCUUCAGAGAAAGUUCCCUGCAGGCUGUUAACCCAGAAAUCUGUUCCUUUGGGACAAGAUAAAGUUGCCCUCCAGAAACUGAAUGAAGCAGCCACCAAGCUUCAGGCCUGUUGGCGGGGCUUUUAUGCCAGGAACUACAACCCACAAGCUAGAGAUGUGCGCUAUGAAAUCCGUCUUCGCAGGAUGCAAGAACACAUUGUCUGCCUAACUGGGGAAAUAAGGAGAUUAAGAAAAGAAAGAGAUGAAGAACGGAUUCAAAAAUUUGUUCAAGAAGAGGCUGUCAGAUUCCUUUGGAACCAGGUAAGGUCUCUACAAGCUUGGCAACAGACUGUGGACCAGCAUCUAAGUUCCUGCCAUAUUGAUGUUCCCCCUAUAUCAAGUACUCUGGUGCCAUCUAAACCUCCAUUAUUCACCCAAAGUCAGGAGCCGUCUUCUGAUCAAAAUUCUGAUUGGUUCAUUGCUCCUGAUGAAGCUCCUCAAGAGAAAUCCUUACCAGAAUUUCCAGACUCUGGUUUUCAUUCCUCCUUAACCGAACAAGUUCACAGUUUACAGGAUUCUUUGGAUUUUGAAAAAAGUUCCACAGAAGGUAGUGAAAGUUCCACAAUGGGGAAUUCCAUUGACACUGUCAAGUAUGGCAAAGAGUCAGACGUAGGGGAUGUUAGUGAAGAGCAUGGUGAAUGGAGUAAGGAAGGCUCAAACAAUGAGCAGGAUAAUAGUCUGCUUGAACAGUAUCUAACUUCAGUUCAGCAGCUAGAUGAUGCUGAUGAGAGGAGACACUUUGAUGAAGGGAUGGGAGAUAGUAAGCUUCACCUACCUCGUUCCCCUGAAAGGUUAGACGUCUUAUCUGAUAGUGCUUCUGUAGAUGUUGCUCAAGGUGUAUCUCCUGCUUUGCAAUAUGAAGUCAGCCAGACACCAGAGAAUUGUGAAUUAAAUGCAGAAGUACAAGGGCAGCAGUCAGAAUGUGAUUCUACAUUUCAGGUAUUGCAUGUUGGUAUUAUUGUUUAGCAUGUCUGGUUGCUUGAAAAGCAGAAGUCUAUUUAAUUUAAGAAUAUUUUCAGUUGGCUUUUUUUGGGGGGAAGAAGAAUAUUUCUCCCAAUUUUGUUACUAUUUUUUUUUCCUCCGCAAUGUAGGUACUGAGCUAAAUCUUCCUUUUUGUUUUGUUAGCUUUUUAUUCAGCUAUAAUGUAUCAAACAAUAUUUAUAUUGAAAGCCACAUGCACUUUAUUAACAACUAAAUUGCAUCAACAGUGUUCCUAUGUUUUUAUGUAUUCAUGUCCUUUCAGAAAUAAACUAGAAUACCUUAAAGGAGAUAGAAAUUUUACCUUAAAGAUACAAAUAAGAGAAUUUUGAUUCUUCUGUAUGUGAGAAAGUUAAUUAUAUAGUGAGGAAUGCAAUUUGCUACAGUAAAUAUAAAUGACAGAUAGAAGGAUUGUGAACUAUUGAAAUUUGCCAGCUUCUUUGGAGUAAGAACAUGUGUUUUUAAGCCUUUUUCCUCCCUAUGAAUCCACGAAAGACUUCUUGUAAGCAAACAGGAAGAAAAGGUAAGAUGAUAGGAUUUUUCAGUGGGGAUAAUUAAAUUGUUUCAUGGAAAACUUGAAUGUUAUGUAUCAGUUUCAACAUAUGAAGCAAAGUUUUCUGUCCAGAAUUAAAGUGAAGCUUGUUUAAAGGGCAACAAGAAUAUUUCUGUUAAGUGUAGGCUCCAUUCACUUGGGAUAAUAUCCCAGCAAACAUUUAUUAUCUUUUCAUUUAGUGAUUUUUCACCCCAUAGACAAGUAUUCCCUGGUGGCUCAGUUGGUAAAGAAUCCACCUGCAAUGUGGGAGACCUGGGUUCGAUCCCUGGGUCGGGAUGAUCCCCUGGAGGAGGGCAUGGCAACCUACUCCAGUAUUCUUGCCUGGAGAAUCCCCAUGGACAGAGGAACCUGGCAGGCCACAGUCCAUGAGGUCACAGAGUCAGACACGAGUGAGUGACUAAGCACAUGCACAGAUAAGCAUUUAUGUGCCAAUAUAUUGCCAGAAAUUAAUGUACGCUUUCUUUGUUCCUGCUUUAUAUUUGCUUAUAUAUUUCAGCAGAGGCCCAUGGUCAUUGACUUCACUCUUGACCUCAUAGAAAAGAACAUCUAAAAUAAUACCAGUGGUAGAAUAGGAAUGACAUUUUUUAUAAGGACUAUUUUCCAUCUAAAUCUGAAAAAGUGCCACAUUUGGAAGACAACUUAAUGGUGGUAAAGAAAAAAUAAACCUCAUUUAUUUCUUUACUCAUUAAAAAGAGUAUAUAUCUGUAACUCCAGGAAGAAAUGAUAAUAUUGUGUUUGAAUGUUAAUAAAUGCAUUCGCAAAUCAAGGAUAAUUUUUGGAAGCUUGAGAUUCUAAUCUUUGAGAAUGUUCUAAUAUCAUUGAACACACAUAUCUGACUUCCCCCCAGUCUGUGUGUACAAUGAUUUAAAACUAUGGCAAUAAUUAAGUGUUCUCUAAAUUUAGGUGCUAAAUAUGUAUUCAUUAGUCACUAGGUCCCCUUCUUUGAAGUUACAUAAAAUAAAAGCUGAUCCUUCCAAGAAUAAAGUCAGGGAUCACAUGUUAUACUAUGUUGAGAGUUAGAAACAUUUCUUCACUGUGGGUAAGAUGUACUUCUCUCGGUUUUUAAAUAUGUAGCACUCAGGUUGAGAAGACUUGGAUUUCAUUCUCAGAAAUCCAGAAUCUCUUGCAAAGGAAAGAUUUUCUGUCUCUUAUAAACAAACAGCAGUCUUAACAUUCAAAAGAUUUUCCCUAGUGAAGCAUGCAUGUGUAACAUUGAUGUGUGUUAAAUAAAAAUAGAAUUUUUAACUUUUUGAAUAAUGCUGAUUAUCUUUCCUGAAUGAUUUUGAAUUUCUUCUUAAAUCUACCCUAUUUUUCUAUUUUAUAGUUAAGUGCCUCAUUUGCUGCCCAUAGUUAGAAAAGGAAAACCAACUUGCACGGCACUAGUACCAAAGUGCUGCUUCAUGGUGCAUUAAUUUCUUGUUAAUUUCUCAUAAAAGCUCCUGAAAUGUUGUGGUUCAGUAUUACCUAGUAGGUUUCUUCCAAUGUCUCCUCCCUCUUCUUUUUUUUUGAGAAAUGGCAAAACACAACUGAAUUCAUUUGAGUAUUAGCAUUUACAAGCAAGAUUUCCUUUUUUUUACCUUUGCCUUGAUUUUCUAUCCCAUAAAUGGUAUUCAGCAUACUUUUAAUUUGAAAUUGGCAGAAUAUUAUAAUGAAUAAUAUCCUAUUCUUCAUUCUGUUUAACUUUACUAGUGUUUUGAAGUGCAAGAAUAUUAAGUAGCCCCCAACCUUGACUGUACAGAUUAUCUUGAAUGUAAAUAGGAUGAAAAUAAUGUAUAUUAGAAUGCAGGAAAACUGUGGCAUAGAUAAUAUAUUUUAAUAGGUUUACAGUGUAAUUUAAAAUUAUUUAACCAAGAUAUUUGGUUUUAACUCUGUGGGCUCUUCAUUGGUCUGGCUGACGAGGGAAUGGGCCUCGUAUGGUUUGGGAAGUUGAGCUUUACCACAGUAUUUGUGUUUUUCUAAUAGAUUUUUAGUUCAGCUGUGCUAUUUUAAUUCAACUCUCUUAUUUAUGGCCAAUUCAGUACAUCAAUUAGAUAUUUCUUCAGAAGCACAGAAUCAUAUCAUGUGAGAAUUUUAAGGACCUUAGAGAUUGUCUAUUCUAAUCUCUUUGUUUUAAAGAUAAAACUAAAGCACAGAGAACUUAGAUGACUUUUCUGAGAUUAUAGCUAGUUUAUCGGAGAAGGCAAUGACACCCUACUCCAGUACUCUUGCUUGGAAACUCCCAUGGACAGAGAAGCCUGGUAGGCUGCCAUCUGUGGGGUCGCACAGAGUUGGACACGACUGAAGCGACUUAGCAGCAGCAGCUAGUUUAUAGGAAAAGAAACUGUGGAAACUUAAAAAUUACUUUAUUCCAGAAUUUUAUUAUACACAUUCUAUUAUUCUUUACUUUUAGUAAGUCAGUAGAAAGUCUGUACUUAUUUUUCAUUUUCUUUGAAAGCGAAAAACUACUUCUAAAAGAGCUAGAGCUCUGCCACUCCAAGCAGAGUUGCUUGUAGAAGACAACUAAUUUGUUCAGAACCCUGAGUGAAUUUUCUCCAAGAAAUGUGAUUUGAUUAAAAUGGGUUUUAAAGAGUAAUGCAGUAGAAACUAACAUUUAGAAAGAAUAAUUACAUCUUGGAGUCUAUUUCAUUGAUGACAAGAAGUAUAACAGAUUGCUGAGAUAUAUAAAAUUUUCUAGUGAAAAGCUAGUUUGAUUAUAUUUCAUCUUCAGUUCCUCAGAACAACAGAUGUUAAAGUUUAACUCUCCUGAUAAUGCAGAAGUCUUCAAUCAUGACAGUUGAUACAUAAAUAAUAUAGUUUGGUUUUAUAAAUUCAAUUACAAAAGGCCUUAUAAUAUGCAUGUUUUUAGGAAAAUAUUUAGCCACACAGUUGUUAGUAUAUAUAGAAAAUACUUUAUUCUUGAAUAUAUGGGUGCCAUUCUUGAGUGGAUUUGUCCUUUGUUUUGGAUUAUUUUAAAUAUAUAAACACCAUAAUAGUGUAUUUUCCUGUUAAUCUACUUAAGAUAGGUCUAGCUCUACUUUUAAUAAGUAUUUUUAGAAACAACAUGGACUUAAGAUGUACUGUCUCCCUUUAGUUAGUUUUUUUGGCACCAAUUCUUAGACUUGGAUUUAUAACAAUAAUAUAAAAUAUAAAAAAUUUUUUUUUCUGAAGAAUUAAAACAUAAUAAAAAGGGAAAAUAUAAAAUGAGUCUGGUCAGUUUCCCACUUGCAAGUGAAAAGUAAAAGACUUGAUUAUUUAUUUUGCCACAUAUUUAUUAUAAUAUUUUAACUUUUAAAUAUAUGACCUCCUUAUUUAUGAAAUAAAACAAAAAUGGUCUGUAAAGGACAUUCUAAGCAUUUUUAGUGAUAUUGUUUUCAUUGAUCAAGCCUAUUGUGCCAUAUUAAAUUUAAAAGUCAAGUAAACAGAGUAGUCCUCGUAGCCCCAAAAGAAAGAGAUAAUUAAUUGUCUUUUAACAAUGAGGUGCUUUUUAUUUGUGAAUGAGUAGAAAUCAUACUAUAAUUUAAUUUCUUAAUUUAUUUUAGUGGAACACAGGAAUCACUCUGUAGAGGCUUUGUUCAUUUUCUGAUUAAGUUUCUUUGAGUGUUUUGUAACCAUUUUACUGUUAACAAUACGAGUUUAAAAAUAAUUUGACUUUUCACUAUUUUUAGGUUUCUCUUUUAUUGUAGAAAUAGUAAAUGAUUUAAAGUGGUUGUGGAUUGUUUUAUGAAAGUUUAAUUUAUAUUGUACUUAAUUUGUAUUUGAGUCUCUAAUUCUAAAUAAAAAUUUGUAUAUGUGUUUGAGUGA